UUGGCUCGGUAGUACCGGCCUAAGUUUGUGGUUGAGGUGGGGUCUCCGCCGCUUGGCCUGGGACGAUGGUGUUGGGUGGUUGCCCGGUGAGUUACUUACUUCUGUGCGGCCAGGCGGCUUUACUGCUGGGAAAUCUACUUCUGCUGCAUUGUGUCUCUCGAAGCCACUCGCAGAAUACUACCUACGAGCCCGAGAUUACAUCCUCUGGUGCUGCCCACCCAGAGGGCUCCGCCGGCACUCCGAGCUGGGAAUAUGGCGACCCUCACUCUCCAGUCAUCCUUUGCUCUUACCUACCUGAUGAAUUUAUAGUAUGUGAAGACCCAGUGGAUCAUGUUGGAAAUGCAACUGCAUCCCAAGAACUUGGCCAUGGUUGUCUCAAGUUUGGUGGUCAGGCCUACAGUGAUGUGGAGCACACUUCAGUCCUGUGCCGGGCCCUAGAUGGAAUUGAGUGUGCCAGUCCUAGGACCUUCCUACGAGGGAAUAAACCUUGCAUAAAGUAUACUGGACACUACUUCAUAACUACUUUACUCUACUCUUUCUUCCUGGGAUGUUUUGGAGUGGAUCGCUUCUGUCUGGGACACACUGGCACAGCAGUAGGAAAGCUGUUGACACUUGGAGGACUUGGGAUUUGGUGGUUUGUUGACCUUAUUUUGCUCAUUACUGGAGGACUGAUGCCAAGUGAUGGCAGCAACUGGUGUACUGUUUACUAAAAAGAGCUGCUGUUAUGGCCCAUGGAGGCAAGCUGAGUGCUCUGUUUCUGAAUUCAUCUCUAUAGGCUCAAAACUCUUCUUUGAUAUCAGAUCUAUUACUUCCCCUCUUUGGAGGGUAUGAGUUUGGUUUGGAAGGCUUCUUUGGACUUCGGGUUUUCAACCCAAAUUGAACUUGCAGACUAGAAGUGACA